AUGAGAGGACAGAAAAGUGGCUGCAGAAGUAGUGGUGCAGGAAAAGUGGCUGCUGCAGAGAUCGUUGGAGGGGACAGCAUUCUCAAAUGCCCACGAAACCACCACUCGACACGGCAGACCCACCACCACCACCACCAACCCCUUCUUCUUCUCCACUUCAAUGUCGCAGCCCGCUUCCCCUAUAUUGGCCAAGUCUGCUGCCCCACAACCAAGUCUCUCAUAAAGUCCCUUUCCGUCUUCGAACGAGCCCUCAUCGGCGCUGGCGGCGGCGGAAUCGCCGGCGCAUUCACCUACUUCUGCCUCCACCCCCUCGACACCAUCAAAACGAAGCUCCAGACAAGAGGGGCUUCGGAGAUUUACAAAGGGACGUUGGACGCAAUCGUGAAGACAUUCCAGGAAAGGGGUGUUCUAGGAUUUUACAGUGGCAUCUCGGCCGUGAUUGUCGGAUCCGCGGCCUCUUCGGCGGUAUAUUUUGGGACUUGUGAGUUCGGGAAGUCGAUUUUGGCUAAGGUUCCGCAAUACCCAUCACUCUUGAUUCCUCCGACCGCCGGAGCUAUGGGCAACAUUAUGUCUUCGGCGAUAAUGGUGCCCAAGGAGUUGAUUACACAGAGAAUGCAAGCUGGUGCAAAGGGGAGGUCCUGGCAGGUGCUGUUGGGAAUUCUUGAGAGAGAUGGGAUUUUGGGUCUUUAUGCAGGCUAUUCUGCUACAUUGUUGAGGAAUUUGCCUGCUGGGGUACUGAGUUAUUCGUCUUUCGAGUAUUUGAAAGCUGCAGUGUUAAGUAGGACUAAAAAUGAUCAUUUGGAGCCAUUUCAGAGUGUGUGUUGUGGAGCUUUGGCUGGCGCAAUAUCUGCUUCGCUCACCACCCCGCUAGAUGUAGUUAAGACUAGAUUGAUGACUCAGGUUCAUGGAGAGGCCAUAAAUAAGGUUUCAGCGGCAAUGUAUAGCGGGGUUUCGGCUACUGUAAACCAAAUUUUGAGGGAUGAGGGGUGGGUUGGACUGACCAGUGGAAUGGGUCCCCGGGUUGUUCAUAGCGCCUGUUUUUCAGCAUUGGGGUACUUCGCAUUUGAGACGGCUAAGAUGGCCAUCUUGCAUCAGUAUCUAAAGCGCAAAGAGUUGUGUGAAAUGAACGUUGCUUCUACUUGAUUCUGGUGCUGAGAUUGGACCUUAUGCUGCAAGACUAGCAUCAAAGGAAGUGGAUUGGUAAAGGAAAAACUCUGAUAUGUUUUUAUAGGAGGGAUGAGGAUGGAAGAUAUACAGGGAAGACGUCAAGAAAAAGAAAUUGGAACUUCUUACGUUUGUCAUAUUGUUAUGCCAUUCUCUCGCAUAAACUAUGUAGAUCUCGGGCCACUUAAUUUUCUUUUCAACAAAAGAUUAUCUCUUGAGUUAUUCAUGCAUCACUGCAAUAGAAUAGGACCUUUUGUCCUUGCCUUUUUAGAGAGAUAAGGGCCAAUUGAUAGAUAAACAAAGCAUGUUCAGAUGUGUUGUGAACAUGAAUUACAUUUGAAGGGGAAAAUCCUUGUCUAGAAUGUCUUUUAUA